AUAAACGUCAAUUUUGCUCCAGAGUUUUCGUUACCUCCUAGCUUUUUGAUUUUUUUUUUUUAAAUAAACAUUAUCUUUUCGCAUUAUUAUAAAGUUAUUAUUCUUAUUAUUAUUCGUACUACUUUUUUUUUUUUUGAAUAUGGUGAUAAAAUGUUAGCUGAAACGGUUUCUCGAGAACCAACCAGAAACUAAUAAGUACGGGAGCUUGAGAUUCACAGGGUUUGUAAGAGAAAAUGGCUACGAUUCGGAGAAGAAAAGCUGCGGAGAGCAGUGAGAUUAUCAAAGAAGAGGAAGAACAAGAAGACGAAGUAGAAAAUGAUGAUAAAAAGAAAAAGCAAACAGGAAAGGUACAUAAAGCGAAAAAGAAGAGUGAGAGUAAGAAUAAGAACAAGUGGUCUUGUGUGGAUAGUUGCUGUUGGUUCAUUGGGUGCAUCUGUACAGUUUGGUGGGUUUUGCUGUUCUUGUACAAUACCAUGCCGGCUUCGUUUCCCCAGUACGUGACGGAGGCCAUAACCGGUCCCUUGCCGGACCCGCCCGGUGUUAAAUUGAAGAAAGAAGGAGUCAGCGCGAAGCACCCUGUGGUGUUUGUGCCGGGGAUUGUGACCGGUGGGCUUGAAUUGUGGGAGGGUCAUCAUUGUGCAGAUGGACUUUUUCGGAAGCGCCUUUGGGGUGGUACGUUUGGAGAAGUCUAUAAGAGACCUUUUUGCUGGAUGGAACAUAUGUCAUUGGACAAUGAAACUGGGUUAGAUCCCUCUGGUAUAAGGGUCAGGCCUGUCACUGGACUCGUGGCUGCUGAUUACUUUGCUCCAGGGUAUUUUGUGUGGGCAGUUCUGAUUGCUAAUUUGGCUCGUGUUGGUUACGAGGAGAAGAACAUGUAUAUGGCUGCAUAUGAUUGGAGAAUCUCAUUUCAGAAUACUGAGGUAAGAGAUCAGACCCUAAGCCGGAUAAAGAGUAACAUAGAAUUGAUGGUGGCUACUAAUGGUGGGAACAAGGCGGUUAUAUUACCACAUUCAAUGGGCGUCUUAUACUUUUUGCACUUUAUGAAAUGGGUUGAGGCUCCAGCUCCAAUGGGUGGUGGGGGAGGACCAGACUGGUGUUCGAAACAUAUAAAGGCAGUGAUGAACAUUGGUGGACCCUUUUUGGGUGUCCCAAAAGCUGUUGCUGGUCUUUUUUCUUCUGAAGCCAAGGAUGUUGCAGUUGCCAGGGCUAUUGCACCUGGUUUUUUGGAUAAUGAUAUAUUUCGCCUUCAAACUUUGCAACAUGCGAUGAAGAUGACUCGCACCUGGGAUUCAACAAUGUCAAUGAUACCAAAAGGUGGGGAUACUAUAUGGGGGGGUCUUGAUUGGUCGCCUGAGGAUUGCUAUAAUCAUAAAGAAAGUAAAAAAAACAAUGACACCCAGAUUUCAAGCGAACAGGGGGCUGAAAAAUUGUUAUCUCAAUCAAAAACUGCUAAUUAUGGAAGAAUUAUAUCAUUUGGAAAAGAAGUAGCAGAAGCACCUUCGUCUGAGAUAGAGAGAAUUGAUUUUCGGGAUGCAAUCAAGGGGAAUAAUAUUGCAAAUAGUACCUGUCGUGAUGUGUGGACUGAAUAUCACGACAUGGGGAUAGAGGGAAUCAGAGCUGUUGCAGAAUAUAAGGUGUACGCAGCCCAAGAUGUUUUGGACCUACUUCAUUUUGUUGCCCCGAAAAUGAUGGCGCGAGGUGGUGCUCACUUUUCUUUUGGCAUUGCUGACAAUUUGGAUGAUCCAAUGUACGAUCAUUACAAAUAUUGGUCCAACCCACUGGAAACUAAAUUGCCGAAUGCUCCUGAUAUGGAAAUUUUUUCUCUUUAUGGAGUUGGAAUACCAACAGAAAGAUCCUACGUUUAUAAGCUAUCUCAUUCAGCUGAGUGCUACAUUCCAUUUCAAAUAGAAACUAAGGCUAAUGAUGAAGAGAGCUGUUUGAAAGACGGGGUGUAUUCUGUAGAUGGGGAUGAGACCGUGCCUGUUUUAAGUGCAGGUUUCAUGUGCACUAAAGGUUGGCGGGGAAAGACCAGAUUCAACCCUUCAGGGAUCAGAACAUAUGUAAGAGAGUAUGAUCACUCCCCUCCGUCCAAUCUGCUUGAGGGUAGGGGUACUCAAAGUGGUGCUCAUGUUGACAUAAUGGGAAAUUUCGCUAUGAUUGAGGAUGUCAUAAGAGUGGCAACUGGUGCUUCUGGAAAGGAUUUGGGUGGCGAUCAAGUCCACUCGGACAUUUUUAAAUGGUCUGAGAAGAUCAACUUACGUCUAUAAUUUAGGUGAGUGCAGACUUUGCUCCAAGAGAUAAUCACGUUGUGUUUUGCUAAGAAUACGAAUUUAUACUCGACCAUCCUGAAUAAUAGAGUUAGGGAGGGAGAGAAGAUUUUCCCUGUUCUUUUUUAUGUAAGAAGAUUGCCCGAUUCGGACUGGUUCGACUGGACGCUCUGAAAGGCAAAGGCGUGCUUUUGAGGUAUCUCUAAUGGUUAUUUAUUUUCUUAGCUUGAUUUGAUUAUUGAGAGGUUUCCUAUAACAGUUUUUGUCUAGGAAGCUAACAACAUAAAUUCAUUACCUCUUGCUGUAUGCAAUGCAAGUGUAUAAGUAAAUUUAUGGCAGUGUGCAAUAUAAGCAAGCACCCAACCAAUUCUGUAAAGUUUUGCCAUAAUUAUAUAACAUUAUGUACUUAAUCAACAAACUUCUAAAUUUGAAGUUGUUGAUUUUUAGAUCAUUAUUUAUGUUAUUUUUUGUUGACUUGAAA